UCUUUUCUCGCGCACGCUUCUUUUCGCGCACGCGUAGUUUAAGUCGCGUGGUGGUAGCUUCUCUGAAGUAGUUUUGGGUUGGUGCCGGACCGCGGCGGCGGCCCCCAGUCUUGGUAAAUAGAACGUGGGCAAGGUACGAAGAUGCAGGCCUCCAAGGAGGUUCCCUGGCGGCGCCUUCGGGGCAUUUCUUUCGGGAUGUACUCGGCCGAGGAGCUCCGGAAAUUAAGCGUCAAAGCCAUCACAAACCCUCGCUAUGUGGACCACGUGGGGAACCCCUCAGUGAACGGUCUCUACGACUUGUCCCUGGGACCGGCCGACUCCAAGGAGGCGUGCUCCACCUGUGUGCAGGACUUUGGCAGCUGCCCCGGGCACCUGGGCCACAUCGACCUGCCCCUGGUUGUCUACAACCCUCUGCUCUUUGACAAACUCUACCUGCUGAUCCGGGGCUCUUGUCUGAACUGCCACCUGCUGACCUGCCCCCGGCCGGUGGUCCACCUCCUCUACUGCCAGCUGCGGGUGCUCGAGGUCGGGGCCCUUCAAGGAGUCUAUGAGCUCGAGAGCACCUUGAACAGGUUUCAAGAUGAGAACCCCAAUGCUUCCGUCUGCGAGAUGCAGGAAGAGCUCGAAGAGCACACUCGAGCCAUCCUGGAGAACAAUCUGCUGGGGGCCCAAGGAUCCCAGGUGAAGAACGUUUGUGAGAGUAAGAGCAAGCUGAUUGCCCACUUCUGGAAGGCACACAUGGCUUCUAAGAGGUGUCCCCACUGCAAGACUGGGAAGUCGGUGGUUCGCAAGGAGCACAACAGCAAGCUGACUGUCACCUACCCUGCCGUGGUUCACAAGAAGGCCAAGGGCACUGAGGACAGAGCCAAGACUGUCCAAGCCCCAGAAAUCGACGACGCCCAUUUAGGGAAGAGGGGCUACUUGACGCCCAGCACUGCCCGUGAGCAUGUCUUGGCCCUUUGGGAGAACGAAGGUUUCUUUCUGAACUACCUUUUCUCCGGAGUAGAGGAGCCUGGCAUGGAGUCCAAAUUCAAUCCAAAUAUCUUCUUUUUGGAUCUUGUGGUGGUGCCGCCUUCUAGGUACCGCCCUGUCAACCGCCUCGGGGACCAGAUGUUUACCAACGGCCAGACAGUGAACCUGCAGGCUGUUUUGAAGGAUGUGGUCCUGAUCCGAAAGCUUCUGGCUCUGAUGGCCCAAGAACAGGCCCUGCCCAGUGAGGGCAUAGGAGCGACAGAGAAGGAGAUCCAGAAUGGCUCCCCAGAGGAGGCAGAGCCUUCAGUUCCGAUGGACCGCUCCUUUCUUGCCACGAUUCCGGGCCAGUCUCUCACGGAGAAACUGUACGGCAUGUGGAUCCGCCUUCAGAGCCACGUGAACAUUGUGUUUGACAGCGAUAUGGACAAGUUAAUGAUGGAGAAGUACCCUGGCAUCCGGCAGAUCCUGGAGAAGAAGGAAGGCUUGUUUCGGAAGCACAUGAUGGGGAAGCGCGUCGACUACGCUGCUCGUUCAGUCAUCUGCCCAGACAUGUACAUUAACACCAACGAAAUUGGGAUCCCCAUGGUGUUUGCCACGAAGCUCACCUACCCUCAGCCCGUGACCCCGUGGAACGUCCAGGAGCUGAGGCAGGCCGUCAUCAACGGCCCCAACGUGCACCCGGGGGCCUCGAUGGUGAUCAACGAGGACGGCAGCCGCACGGCGCUCAGCACCACGGACCUGACCCAGCGGGAGGCCGUGGCCAAGCAGCUGCUCACCCCCGCCCCUGGCGGCCCCAAGCCCCAAGGGGCAAAGGUGGUUUGUCGGCACGUGAAGAAUGGGGAUGUUCUGCUGCUGAACCGCCAGCCCACCCUGCACAGACCCUCCAUCCAGGCCCACCGGGCCCGGAUCCUGCCCGAGGAGAAGGUCCUGCGCCUGCACUACGCCAACUGCAAGGCCUACAACGCCGACUUCGACGGGGACGAGAUGAACGCCCACUUCCCCCAGAGCGAGCUGGGCCGGGCCGAGGCCUGCGUCCUGGCCUGCACCGACGAGCAGUACCUGGUGCCCAAGGACGGCCAGCCGUUGGCUGGAUUGAUCCAGGAUCACAUGGUCUCCGGCGCCAGGAUGACGACCCGCGGCUGCUUCUUCACCCGGGAGCAGUACAUGGAGCUCGUGUACCGAGGACUGACGGACAGAGUGGGGCGGGUGAAAAUCUUCCCUCCUGCCAUUCUCAAGCCCUGUGCGCUGUGGACAGGAAAGCAGGUUGUCUCUACGUUGCUAGUAAACAUAAUCCCAGAGAACCACAUCCCCUUGAAUUUGAUUGGGAAAGCCAAAAUCAGCGGGAAAGCCUGGAUCAAGCAAGGCGCCCUCGCUGCGCCAGGUGGUGCCCUGGACGCCAUGUGUGAGUCCCAGGUCAUCAUCCGAGAAGGGGAGCUGCUCUGUGGGGUCUUGGACAAGGCCCACUAUGGCAGCUCUGCCUAUGGCCUUGUCCACUGCUGUUACGAAGUCUACGGGGGGGAAACGAGCGGCCAGGUUCUCACGUGCCUGGCUCGCCUCUUCACGGCCUACCUGCAGCUCUACAGGGGCUUCACCCUGGACGUGGAAGACAUUCUGGUCAGACCCCGGGCAGACGCCAAGAGGCUGGCGGUCAUCGAGGAGUCCUCUCACUGCGGCUCCCGGGCCGUCAGGGCCGCCUUCAACCUCCCUGACACGGCGUCAGCCGAGGACAUGCAGACCAAGUGGCAGGACGCCCAUCUCAGCAAAGACCAGAGGGACUUGAACAUGGUCGAUCUCAAGUUCAAGGAGGAAGUGAAUCAUUACAGCAACGAGAUUAACAAGGCCUGCAUGCCCUUCGGCCUGCACAGAGGCUUCCCGGAGAACAACCUGCAGAUGAUGGUGCAGUCCGGAGCCAAGGGAUCCACUGUGAACACGAUGCAGAUUUCCUGUCUGCUCGGCCAGAUCGAGCUGGAGGGGAGGAGGCCCCCGCUGAUGCCCUCUGGGAAGUCCCUGCCCUGCUUCGAGCCCUACGAAGUCACGCCGCGCUCGGGGGGCUUCGUCACCGGCCGCUUCCUCACAGGCAUCAGGCCGCCCGAGUUCUUCUUUCACUGCAUGGCGGGCCGAGAGGGCCUGGUAGACACAGCCGUCAAAACCAGCCGAUCGGGGUACCUGCAGAGGUGCAUCAUCAAACACCUGGAGGGGCUGGUGGUUCAGUACGACCUCACGGUGCGCGACAGCGACGGCAGCGUGGUCCAGUUCCUGUACGGAGAGGACGGGCUGGACAUCCCCAAGACGCAGUUCCUGCAGCCCAAGCAGUUUCCUUUCCUCCUCAGUAACUACGAGGCAAUACGGAAAUCAAAGCAUCUGGAUGAAGUUCUAUCCAAAAUGGACCCCACGCAGGCCCGGCAGCACGCCAGGGCCCUCAGGAAGUGGCGCACCAAGCACCCUCCCAGCUGCCCCAGGCGGGGCGCCUUCCUCAGCUACUCCCAGAAGGUGCAGGCGGCUGUGCAGGCCCUGAGCCUCUCGGGGGGGAAUCAGAAUGGCCGGGACCCCAGGGCGCAGCAGAUUUUAAAAAUGUGGAAUGAGCUGGAUGAGAAGAGCCGGAGGAAGUUUGUAAAGAAAGCCCUCCCUUGCCCGGAUCCCAGCCUGGGCGUCUGGCGCCCAGAUAUCCACUUGGCUUCCGUCUCAGAAACCUUUGAAAGCCAGGUGGAUGCUUAUACCCAGCAGUGGGCGGCUCAGCCCGAGAGGAGCCGCGAAAAGUCAGAGCUUUCUCUCGACAGGUUGAAGACCUUGCUCCAUCUGAAGUGGCAGCGGGCACUGUGUGACCCCGGGGAAGCAGUGGGUCUCCUGGCCGCCCAGAGCAUCGGAGAACCUUCCACACAGAUGACCCUGAACACUUUCCACUUUGCCGGCAGAGGAGAGAUGAAUGUUACCCUGGGAAUUCCAAGAUUGAGGGAGAUCCUCAUGGUGGCCAGCUCAAACAUAAAGACACCCAUGAUGAGCGUGCCGGUGCUCAACACCAAGAAGGCCCUGAAGAAGGUCAAGAGCCUGAAGAAGAAGCUGACCAGAGUGUGCUUGGGCGAGGUACUGCAGAAAGUUGAUGUCCAAGAGUCCUUCUGCAUGGAAGAAAAGAGAAGCAAAUACCGGGUCUACUGCAUUCGCUUUAAUUUCCUCCCCUACAAGUAUUACCAGCAGGAGAAGUACCUGCGACCUACAGACAUUCUGCAUUUUGUAGAAACAAGGUUCCUUAAGCUGCUGCUGGAGGCCAUCAAAAGGAAGAGCAGCAAGGUGUCGUCCUUCAAAGCUGUGAGCACGCGGAGGGCGACUCAGCAGGAUCUGGACAGCGCCGGGGAAACGUCGGGAAACCGGGAGGAGCGGGAGGGGGCCGAGGACGAGGAGCAGAUCGUGGACGGGGACGCCGAGGAAGGGGACGCUGACGCUACGGACAAGAAGUGGAAGAAGAAGCAGGAGGAAGAGGUAGACUAUGAGAGUGAGGAAGAGGAGCAGGAAGAGGAGAACGAAGAGGACAACGAGCGGGAGGAGGAGGGUGCCGAGGGCGGCCCUGACCAGGGGCCCCGGCCUGAGGAGGGCCCCCAGGGCCCGGAGGCCGAGCAGCCGGAGGCUCCCUCCCCGGGGCCUGGCAAGAGGCGGGCACGCAGUCAGGGGACCUGCGGGCCGGAGGCGGAGCAGAGAGCCCAGGCCGUGCGGAACCUCCACUCGUCCAUCCAGGACUACCAGUUCGACGUGGACGAGGGCCUCUGGUGCCAGGUGACCCUGAAGCUGCCGCUGAUGAAGGUGCACUUUGACCUGUGCUCGCUGGUGGUCUCCUUGGCCCACAGUGCCGUCCUCUAUGAGACCAGGGGAAUCACCCGCUGCCUCCUCAACGAGACCACCAACAAAAAUCAGGAGAAGGAGCUGGUCCUGAACACGGAGGGCAUCAACCUGCCCGAGCUCUUCAAGUACGCGGACGUGCUGGACCUUCGCCGCCUCUAUUCCAACGACAUCCACGCCAUGGCUAACACGUACGGCAUCGAGGCCGCCCUGCGCGUGAUCGAGAAGGAAAUCAAAGACGUGUUCGCCGUCUACGGCAUUGCCGUGGACCCCCGGCACCUCUCCCUGGUGGCCGAUUACAUGUGCUUCGAGGGCGUUUACAAACCGCUGAACCGAUUCGGGAUUCAGUCCAACUCCUCCCCUCUGCAGCAGAUGACAUUCGAGACCAGCUUCAAGUUCCUGAAGGAGGCCACCAUGAUGGGUGCCCACGACGAGCUGAGGUCGCCUUCGGCCUGUCUGGUGGUCGGGAAGGUGGUCAAGGGCGGGACGGGCCUGUUCGACCUGAAGCAGCCGCUGAGAUAGCGGAGCUCCCUCCUCUGCGGCCUCCGGCGGGCGUGCGCGGGCAGCACGAGAAAGCGGAAGCUUGGGCGGACGCGGGGCCCCCACUCAGCUACCUCACGGGCGAAGGCCGUGCCCAGCGCCACCGUGGCGCCCUUCCCCGGAAGAUGCCGAGGCUCUCCUGACGCAGAUGGCCGUGUUACCGUGGGACGGACUCGGGGCUUCCUCCGAGAAGGAGCCUUGGCCAUUGCCGCUGGCCGUGGCUGGCCUGGCCCGGUGCCGGGCCCUGGGAGUCAGAGACCUCGCCCUCGGUGGGCGCUCACCAUUGUUCAGAAUAAAUGUGAAGCUGGCAGAA